AUGGCAGAUCAUAAUUCUCAUCGGAGCUCUGACGUGGAAGCUGCGCCGAAGGAGCGUGAGAAGGCUUCGAAUACGGAUAUUUUGAGGGAGUCUUGGUCUAAGAAGGCUUUGAUCGUUGCGUUUACUGGGUUGUUUGCUACGACGUUUGUAUGCCAAUUCCUCAAGUACGCGACAAAAGUUUACGAUGCAUACGCUACCUCUGCGUUUCAGCGCCAUUCGGCUCUUGCGACAGCCAAUGUCGUUAGUACAAUCAUCGGUCUGGUUACAUAUCCCAUCAUGGCAAAGUUCUCCAACGUGUUUGGUAGAGCUGAAGGUCUAACCUUUUCAAUCCUCUUCCUCGUUUUAUCGCAAGUGAUGUACGCAGCAUGUCAAAACAUCGCAACCUACAUCGCCGGCGGAAUCUUUGAAUCAAUCGGCGAUACAGGCUACGUCAUCAUGCAACAGGUCUUCAUCGCAGACACAACAAGCCUCAUCAACCGUGGUCUCUGGACUUCACUCCCCGAAUCCUUCGCCUCGAUCCCAACACUAUACCUCGGUUCCAUUGUCGCUGAUAGUGUUCUCAAGCACUCGACCUGGCGUUGGGGUUAUGGCAUGUGGGCUCUCAUCCUACCCUUCUGCGCGGCGCCGCUUAUUGUCACGUUAUAUGUUCUUCAGCGACGUGCCAGAAAAGCAGGGUAUAGACGAAAGGGCGCUUGGGACGCAGCUGAUAAGACACAAACUUUGAGCAAGAGGAUUAUCAAUUUAAUCUGGGUUGAUCUCGACAUUCUUGGUGCAGUGCUUCUUGUUCUCGGUCUUGGACUCACGCUCAUUCCGCUUUCGCUUACGGGCGCGAGGAAUAGUGAUCGUUGGGACCAGGGCAGCUACAUCGCCAUGCUAGUCAUUGGCGUUGUCGUCGUCGGCGUGUUUUUCGUCUGGGAUACAAGGUUUGCAAAGGUUCCGUUCGUUCCCUUCCGAAUGAUCAAGGAGCGAACUGUCGUUGCAGCUUGUGUUUUAUCCAUGCUGGACUUUUUCCAUUAUUCUUGCUUUACGCUCUUCUUUCCGAGUUAUCUCCAAGUCGCUGGGGGUUUCAGUCCUGGACACGCUACUCGCAUUGACAACGCCCUUCGCGUCGCGUUCCAGAUUGCUUCGGUCCUCGGCGGUAUUUUGAUGAAGUACACAAAACGCAGCCAGAUCUUCGUCUUUAUCGGUGUUCCGCUUUGUGUUCUUGGUCAAGGUCUAAUGAUUCACUUUGUCAACAUGAACGGAGGACACGCCAACGAAGCAUCUUUCAUCACAGCAAAGACUCUUGUCGGCGUUGGUCGUGCAUUCUACCAAACUGCCGCUCAAGUCUCUAUCCAGGCUCUCGUCGCCAAGGAAGACGUCCCCGUCGUGACGGGCGUUUACUACGCAGCCAUGAACUUUGGCGGAGCCGUCGGUACCAGUGUUGGCGGUGCUAUUUGGAACAACAUCCUCCCUCAGAAACUCACGACAUAUCUCCCCGAGCAAGCUAAGCCCAACUCCUUCAAGAUCUACAAGUCUAUUGUGGUUGCGCAGAAAUUCGCAAAGGGGACACCGGUUCGCGCAGCUAUUGAUCAGGCAUAUCGCGAGACACAGCGUCUUCUUGCGAUUGCUGCGACGUGCUCUCUUGCGCCAAUGCUGAUUGUUAUGUUUGCGCUCAAGGCUGUUGAUCUGACAAAGGUUGAUGAGGCCAAGAUUGAGGAGAAUAAAUCUACUGAUGGGGAGAUUGAACCAGCCGUGAUGAGGGAGAAUGUGCAGGUGAAGAAUUAG